AAUCUUGUUCGCUUAAACGCAAUAUAUAAAGACUAACUCUUUCUGUUUUGUUUCUUUUCUUCUCUUGUUCUUUAACAUGUAUUCUCAUCAAAUUAGCACCCAUAGUCUCCUUCCACCUCCUCCACCUAACACAACACAAAAACCAGCACAUACAAACACAUUUGUGCAUAAAUUAUACAAUAUGGUGGUCGAUAGUUAUUAUCAACACUUGAUAUCAUGGGCUUAUGCUGGUUCAUCUUUUAUUGUCUGUAAUAUCAUGGAAUUCUCUCGAGAUGUGCUGCCUAAACAUUUCAAACAUAAUAAUUUCAGUAGUUUUGUUCGACAACUCAACAUGUAUGGCUUCCAUAAAGUCAAUAAAUCACCUAGAGGACAUCGCACAUUAGCAGAGAAUCAAAUAUGGGAAUUCUCUCAUCCUAAAUUCCUAAGAAACAGACCUGAUCUACUGGACGACAUUAAGCGUAAAUCCAUGGAAUCGGAUCCUUCAAGAAGAGAAAGCGACCUGCAACAUCAUGUGAAUAUGUUACAAGCUUCUCAGUCUGAAAUGAUUCAACAAAUUCAGCAUUUGUACGACAAUUUCUCUCAGGUCAUGAAAGAACUAGAACAGACAAAACAAAAACAAGAAUCACAGUCUGAACUUAUCAAGACCAUGAUGAACUAUAUUACUCAACAGCAUGGAGACCCAUUUCCUCAUGAACAGCCAAAGGAAAAGCCACCUUCUAUCUUUGUCACUUCCCAUGAAAACAACACUAUUCUACAAGAUAUCUUUCGACCCUUGACUGUCCAGACACAAAACCUGAGCCCUUGUGGUAACACAUUGCCACCAAGUCCUAGUCCAAGUAUGCUUGUUUCUGAUGAUGAACUCGAUAACUCGCUUUAUUCACCCAAUUCUCCCCAUACGCCUAGACACACAAAUCACCAUUUAAGUUCGUACAUGUCUUAUCGAUAAAUAAAGUGUGUGUAACCUCAGAACGAA